GCUUUUGCUAUCAUACCUUUCAUAUUAAAUAUGCGGCUCCGCAUCGGUAAACUGAAGCAGCUCACGUGCUGGUCUGUGGCGGUAUAACACACUGAACGCAGCCCACUUUAGCUAAGCAACUCAUCCAUCUUUGGAUGUGCUUCAAUGUGGAGUCCCUGACGCCGACUAUAAGCAGAGACUGACAUCUCCCAUCGGAGCACAGGAACUGUUACAGCACACGGGACGCUGGAGAGGGACACUGGCCCCGAUGGCCAAGAACACGCUGUCUUCGCGCUUUAGAAAGGUGGACAUUGAUGAAUUCGACGAGAAUAAAUUCGUGGACGAUCACGACGAGCCUGCCGACCAGCAAGGACCUGAUGCGGUGGAAGUCGACAACCUUAUCAGGCAAGGGGACAUGAUGGCAGCCCUUCAUAUUGCUCUUAGGAACCCUCCAAUCAACAACAGGAACCCAGCAAUAAAGGAAAAAGCUCAGGCUGUUGUAUUGAGGGUUCUGACAUCAUUCAAGAGUAGCGAUAUAGAGCCUGCUGUUAAAUCUCUCAACAAGAAUGGAGUUGAUCUUCUCAUGAAGUACAUCUACAAAGGCUUUGAGAGGCCCACAGAAAAUAGCAGUGCCAUAUUGCUGCAGUGGCAUGAAAAGGCAUUUGCUGUUGGAGGACUAGGCUCUAUUAUUCGAGUUAUGACAGCCAGGAAGACUGUAUGACUACCUGACCGAACCUGGAGACAGUGACGCUGUCACACCGAGGACACAAGGCUGGUUUGCCUGUUGCUUAAAGGAAAGAAGAAAAGACCAUUUUGAAUGCUUCUGUCUUGGAGGGGAAAAAAAACUGUCGAGAAACACCGAAGCACUUGUUUCAAACUGAAAAAAAAUUUGCUUGUGUAAAAGUGAAGUAAUGUUCAUAUGCCAAUAUAGCAUAAAUUGUUGUAUGAUAUACUGGCAUCAAAAAGAUUUCAAUCGGAUAUGGUUUUGAGUGGGAAGAAAUGUACCGUGGAAGACUAAACAAACCCAGUGUAUGUGCUAGUAAUAUGGUGAAGAUCAGGUGAACGAGAGCAGCAAAAGUGAGCUCGUACAUAUGAAGUUGUUAUUGGAUUUGAAGUGUUUUCUGUGCUAAAAAAAAAAAAAAAAAGUUAGAUUUAAUCAAUGUUUUAUUUUUAUUUUAUUUCACAUCUUUGGUCCCAUACUCUUGUUUUGCUUUUGUGCAGAGAUUUAAUAAUGGAACCAGUGAUGGGGUACAGAAUGGAACACCAAAGGGGCAGACUGGGGAUCAUUGUAAAGUGCCUGCUACAUUAAAGUAUAUGGAUCUCCUUU